CCCCCUGCUCCCCCCCCUCUCCCCGCAGCUGCCGGCGUGUGGUGGUGCCGAAUGUCGAUGGCGUGCCACGGCCCGCACGUAGCCCCGGCGCUGGCACUGCUGUGCGGCCUGGCCUCCGCCUCUGCCCUGCUGGGGGCCACCCUCCUGCCCCAGUGGCGCCUGCAGCAGCUGCAGUCCCCCAACCGUAACGACCGAAACGUGACCGUGUCGGACGGCCUGUGGAGCCGGUGCGUGCGCUUCGAGGGACCCUCCUCUUCCUCUGCGGCCACCGGUGCCGGGAGAGGUGGCUGCGCCCUGGAUGACCCCACCUGGUACCGCACCCUGGACCAGCUGGACCUGAGGUGUCUGCAGUUUGCUCUGCCUCUCGCUUUGCUGGCCGCUUGCUCCGCCAGCCUGCUGUGCUUGCUGGGAAUGUGCCACGGGGCGUGCAGCUCCAAGAUCCGGAGCGUGGACCUGGUCAAGUGCCUGGUGAACGCGGCAGGUUGCCAGCUGGUGGCCGGGACGCUCUACCUGCUGUCGGCGGCUCUGGUCUGCGCGCCGUCCCUCUGGCUGCUCUUCCACACGGCCGAGCUGAGCCGCCGUCACCCACCGUCGGCCUGGAGCCCGGGACCCGCCGCCUUCCUGGCGCUGGGCAGCGGAGCCGGCCUCUUCCUGGCCUCGGGCCUGCUCUUCCUGUGGUACUGCACCUGCCGCCCACUGCCCCCCCCGUUCUGGCAGCCCCUGGGCUCCUACCCCGAGAGCCUGCAGGCCCACAGUGUGGGGCGGUACUCCCGGCGUUCCCGACUCUCCACCCUGGAGAUCGACAUCCCCGUCGUCCCCCAGCAGAUCCGCUGAGGGUGGGGAGGGGAGAGGUGCAGCCUCUUGUGGGGGUCGUUUCCGCUGUCUCAGGGAGGAGGGGGGAAUCUCCCCUUGGGGUAAGGUCUGUGGUGUGCCCUCUUGGGGGUGAGGGGGGGUGGGUGUAGAUUUGGGCGGGAGAGGUUUAGCCAGCAUCCCUUGGGAGCCCCUCUUCCACUGGUGUUAUAUUCCGUUGUCUCCACCGUCCCCCUGACCUGCACAAUUACUCAGAGUAUUUGCGCCCCUUUCUCCCCACGCCCAGGGCUCUUGGUGUACUCUGUUUGCCAUUCUAGGACAUACGCAUGCACGUGCACACACGCGCGCACACACACACAAACAAACACACACACAGCAGCAGCCUCAGUUUUACACAUACACACACACACAUACACUGACACUCUCAUACACAGGCACACGCACACACACACACGUAUAUAUUUCCAAUCUCUUUUAUAUUAUUCCUACCACAUUUGCCCACACAGACA